AUGCGUGCCUAUGUCUUCAAGAGUAUUCAGUUGGCUGCAGUCGUGAUAUCGAGGACACGCGCCAAAAAUGGCUUUACCCUCGGCGAAGCAGCCUUGCAAUGUAGCUUCUCAACGUGCUCCAUGGCCGAAGCAGUGGCGUCAAAUUCCUACGGUAUCUGUGAUGCGGUGUCUGGAGCUGCACGAGGAACCCAUAGCACGAUAACUGCUACCGUCGUGGCUGUAACGAGAACAACGACAACCAUGCCGCCUGUGACUACGGCGCCCAGUUCCACGAUGUCAAAUUCAACACGCUCGAGUAAGGGUGAGCACACUUCUGUAAGGCUUACGAGCUUUCAGAGCCCAUUGACGGUGACCACCGCCACGCAAGAUCCGUCUAGCACGACGAGCGCAGACGCAACACCCCCUCAAGGCACAUCAUCUGGGAGUCGUCUGAACGCUGGCGCAGUGAUAGGGGUCUCGGUUGCUUCGGGAGUCUCGGGAUUUUUCAUCCUCGGGGUCAUCAUAUUCUUCUGCUGUAGGAAGAUGCGACGAAACAAGGAGCGCAGUUCGUUCUUCGAAAUCGGGGGUCUGAUGUCGGAACCCUCCAAUUUUACUCUUCCGACACGACCAACCCCAAGCCCUGAACCCCCGUCUCAUGCGGUUAGGGAAAUAUCGAGGCCCCUGCCACCUUUGCAACGCCCAGCUCCACACCCGACUCUCACCGUCACCAGUCCCGAACAUGACUACGAUGAAGACCGUCGUGGAUAUGGCACCCUGGGCAAGACCGCAUUUGCCUACUCGUCUACUUCUGACCUGAAUGCUUCACCAACUCAGUCAUCGCCGCGGACCGUCUCGGAUCUGUUGCCAGACAAGCCGGGCCUGUAUCCAGAACCGCUACGCUGGAGCCAGCAUAAGUCACCCCGACCAAACAGUGGUGAAACACUUUUUGAAGAAGACGCUGCAAGGCCGAGGAGUAUCCUGGGUGCUCCCAAUCGACCGCAGAACUUUUCGGUGCCAGACCGGCAGUGGAGUCGACCUGCGGUAGUCGGCCUCCCCGUCAAUCCACGGGCAAUGAUGCAUGGAUUUCGAGGGCCAGGCAAUGGAGCACUACCACAGGGACACGAUUAUCGAAGGAAGCCCGUGUUUGCUAAUGCGGGCGAGAAACUACAGCAUCCUCGACAGGCUGACGUGUGCCAACCGACAUAUGGGUAUCCUGACCGGCCAUAUGACUACAUCGGAGACUACUGGGACAACACCGGCGGAUACUCUGAUCAUUCGGCACCAUCGUCGUCUCAAAGUGCAGCGCGCCGCUCGUUCCAUGCCCCGGUCGACUACGUGGAAGAUCACUUCGAAACCAUCAAUAUAAACGAUCACUCUGAACCGCGCCGAACAUCGCGUCACUCGGGGAGUUUCAAGCCGCUCCCUCCUGUACGAGAAGUGCGGACACCGGUGAACAAUGCAGCGCAAAGAGCAGACUAUUUCGACGAGAACGCGCCUGUCCAAUACCCCCGAACGCCGCUUCCUGGGGCCGUCAGUUCCAAUCGCGAAAUCAUCUCCCGGCCGCGAAUUGUCCGACAGGAUGACAUCAAGAGAGUUCACAUCCGGCGAGGGAAGCCGCAGUCCAAGGCUUCCGCGGUGCCUUAUUCACCGGAGGACUACUGGCUAGGACGCGAUGGCGGGUCGCCGUCCAGACUGCGGCCAUACGAUCAACAUCGGAUGUCCGGUGGGUACAGACAGCCACCGUAUAAGCUGGGCCGCGUGCCGCCGAAGAAGUCAUCUCCGCUGGACAGCGACCCCAGGCGGGCAAGAGGGGCGCGAGGUGAUUUUCCUGGAUUUCCUGGAGAAAGAAAGAGUGACGGUACCCAGGGCUGGUGA